UCUUGGGCACCUCGAUCAAUGCUAUGGGAUCUGCAAAAGGAGAAUCAGCAUAACUGUUAGGAGUAGCUUUUUCCAUAGGCCUGGGGACACCAGGGAUACGGGCGAUCAUGUCUUCUAAUUGCUGGAGACGCUGCUGGAUAGGAUCAUCAAGACGGCCUUGGGCGAACUCUUUCGAAGGGUCAGCACCGUCAUUCUCGCCGUCAUCGGCGUCUUCCUUUUCUGAAUCAUCAGCAUCUCCGAGAUCAGCACGAUUUCCUGGGGUCUCGAACCCUUCGCCGUCCAGAUUUUGCAUCCUGGAGACGCCACGGACAUUGCGAGGCUUGGGCCCCUUGGACGUCUUCUUGGCGGAUUUCAAGCUCUGGAUCUCCAUGCAUGACGCGACGUAGCUUUCCUUUAACGUCGCCAUCUCCGCUUUGACGCGAUUGAGUUCGUCAAUGACUUCCUGGGUGGUAACCCAUUGUCCUGCCAUAGCAAAUACGAAAAGAUGGAAGAGUAUGGAAAAAUAAAACAAAAAGAUGCGAUUGUCAAUAAACGUAUGAAGAUCUUGCUGUGGCCCCACGGUGGGCGCCAAAUUGUUUAUGCCGAUUUUGUACCAAGUACUAAAAAGGUUUAGGUGCCAACAACAAAAUCAUCAUACUGAUAUUAAAUGACAUGAUAAAUAAAAUGAAUUGCGUAAAGAGUAAAAUAAUGAAAGAAGCAAGAAAUUGUUGACGCGGAAAACCCAAAAGGGAAAAACCGCGGGUGAUGCUCUUGAUCACCAAUCCACUAAUAUGACGCUUGAAGUAGAUGUUACAAUAGUAGCUGAUUACAAUGAUGAUGGAACUCAAAGUAUUUAGAGAGAAGAAUAACAGGUAGGUCUUUUUAGAGAGAGACGAUGAGAGUGAAAAUAAAGAACAUAAGUCAAAACUAGGUUACAAAUUAUGUAUAUAUACUACUAAGAAAAUAUCUCCCUAGCUGCUUUAGAGUUGUUCCACAAUUUAAGGGUUCCGUCAACGCAAUCCCGCAUAUAUCUCAACCGCCCAGAAUGACGCCAAGUAACGUCGCUUGACUUAGUCUCCCCACUUCCUUUGCCAAACUGCGACAUAAAUUAGAAAUUCGAAAUGCUUAGGGAAGCCCGCCUAUUCCAGAAAAUCGAGGGCCCAACACAUGUGCUUCAAGUCCUUUACGGCAUUAGCACUUCAAUUCAUAACAUGCUUAUUUGGGAUCUACUCAUCUAGAUAAACUCAAUGUAGAUAAAAAUAUUAAUUACUUCAAUUUGCAUUGAUUUCUUCUUAAUAAAGUAGUUCUUAGUUUUGCUAGUUGAGUAUAGAUGGAGUGAAAAUGUAUGUAUAACAUAUUGAUUCUUGACUUUUCAUAGUACUAUACAAGUGUAAUCUCAAUCUAAAACAUACACAGAAAUUAUCAACUUGGAAUAAUAUAUUACUUACUAUGAAUUCAAGUGCUACUUAAGCUAAUUCAAGCCUUUUAAUUUCUUUAAUUCGUUGGAGAAUUGUAUAAAUGUGACUACAUAUUAGCACUAAUCCAAAUGAACGUACACAUAUGCUUAUGAACAUGCUAUGUCUUCCUUCAUGUAUUACCUCCCAUUAACCAUAUCUCUCUGUUUCUUGAUUUCGCCGUCGAUUUCACAAGACUACUACUCAUCUCCUUCCCCUGCUCCAGUCCCUUCUUACCCACCUUCACUAUUCCAUUUUAUCAAUCAAGGUGACUUUGAUGAUAACAGUGGUGAAUUUGACUCCUACUUUAGACCUGUAGGAAUACAUAGUCCAAAGUUCUCGUUAUGCUUUUAUACCAAUACCCAUGAUUCUUUCACCCUUGGUAUAGGCAUGAACUGGCCAUAUAAAUGGGUUUGGGCUGCGAACCGAAACAAUCCGGUUCGCGAGGGGGCUAGUCUUCUCCUAGGAAAAGAUGGCAAUCUUGUACUAGCCGAUGUUGAUGGCAGCGUUGUUUGGCAAACCAAUACGGCCAACAAAGGUGUGGUGGGAUUAAAAAUGCUUGAUAAUGGCAACUUAGUAUUAUACGAUGCUAAGAACAACUUUAUAUGGCAAAGUUUUGAUUACCCCUCGGAUACAUUAUUAGCAGGCCAAUCUCUUAAGGUCGGGCUAACUAAUAAGCUCGUAAGUCGUGCAUCGCCUACGAGCGAUUUCGAGGGGAACUACACCCUAGAGAUGAGCCUGGAGAAUGUGUCCCUUUACUACAAGAGUCACAAAAAUCCAACACCACUUCCUUAUUAUAGAAUUGAGCAAAGAUAUGGUUCAACACCUUCCAAAGAAUUCAAAUAUUAUGUUGGAGUGACUAACUUUGUUAGUCAUUUUACUUUCCAAGCCAUUCAAUACAUAACCACAGAUUGGAUGUCAAGUUCAAAUCAGCAAUUGUCGAAACUACGUACAUAUAGUCUUGAUCCUUUGAAUAGGGUAGGAGGUAUAUGGAAAGUGGAGUACACUCUUUUUGUAGGAGAGUCAUUGGUGGGUGAUCAAAAGGGAGCAACUGAGUGUCAAAUGCCUGAAAAGUGCGGCGAAUUCGGAGUUUGUUACAAGAGCCAAUGUGUGGCUUGCCCUUCCCCUAGAGGGCGAUUGGGUUGGAGUGAAAAGUGUGCGCCACCGAAGUUGGUGGGACGGUGCAAUGGUGGGAUGAUUAAGGCCAAGUACUACAAGGUUAGAGGUGUUGAGCAUUUCAGUAGCAUGUACACUGAAGGUGAGGGGCCUAUGAAGCCAAGGAAAUGUAAGAUUAAGUGUAGCAAAGAUUGCAAGUGUGUGGGUUAUUUUUAUGAUGAGGAGAGGUUAAGAUGUUGGAUUGUUCAUGAUCUCAAGACUUUGACGCAAUCUGGUAAUCCUAAGCACUUUGGUUACAUAAAAGUUUCCUACUAAUAAUCUGCCUAAGAAGAUUUGUUUUAGCCUUUAGGGGUAUGAAGUACACUAAUAUAGUAAUAUAUGUAUGAUCAACUGUUCGUACUGUAUUAGAGUUGUGGAUCGUGUUAUACGUACGAGUUGUAAAAAUAUUUAAUAUGAUUUCUUUAUUGAGAAAUAGUUCAAUUGUAUAAUUGUAUACAAUGUGAUAGUAAGAAGUCAUUAAAUAAUACAACAAUUGAUUGUGAAUUAAUAGGAGUAUUAUGGAA